GGGACGCCUAGUUCCCGGCCGCCGGCUGACUCAGGCGCCGGCCGGUGCCUCAGUUUCCCCGGCCGGGCCCGGCGCUGCCCCGCAGACUCCUCCCCGCCGUGAGUCAGGCGGGGGCGGGGUGGGAAGCGCCGGCGGCCCCGGGCGGAGGCAGCGCGGCCCCUCGGAGCGCCCAGACCCGCGUCCCGGCCCGGCCCGGCCCCGCCAUGCCCCGCUCCCGCUCCCGCUCCCGCGCCCGCGCCCGCGCUCCGGCGCUGCUGCUCGCGCUGCUGCUGCUCCCGGCCGCCGCCGCCUUCAACCUGGACGUGGCGGCCCCCGCCCGGCUCCGCGGCGCCGCCGGCAGCUUCUUCGGCUUCUCCGUGGACUUCUACGAGCCGCGGCCGAGGGGCGUCAGUGUCCUGGUCGGCGCCCCCAAGGCCAACACGAGCCAGCCCGACGUGACGGAGGGCGGCGCCGUCUUCUACUGCCCCUGGCCCCCCAGCGAGGGCAACUGCACCCCCAUCGCCUUUGACCGCACUGGGCCUCGGCAGGAGGAGGUUCCCGGCAAUGGUUCAGCCGUGGAGUUCAAGUCCCUGCAGUGGUUCGGCGCCACGGUACGAGCGCAUGGCGGCUCCAUCCUGGCCUGCGCCCCCCUGUACAGCUGGAGCACCAACAAGGAGGAGGCGGCACGGGAGCCCGUGGGCAGCUGCUACCUGGCCACCGGCAACUUCAGCACCUUUGUGGAGUACGCGCCCUGCCGCUCAGACCACAACGCGCCCCAGGGGCAGGGCUUCUGCCAGGGCGGCUUCAGCGCUGAGUUCACCAAGACGGGGCGGGUGCUGCUGGGAGGCCCCGGGAGCUACUACUGGCAAGGCCAGGUGAUCUCGGCCACGCAGGAGCAGAUCCGCAAUGCCUACUACCCCGAGUACUUCGUCCUGGAGGUGACUGGGCAGCUGCAGACACGCCAGGCGGCCGGCACCUAUGACGACAGCUACCUGGGGUACUCGGUGGCUGUGGGUGAGUUCAGUGGAGACUCCAACGAAGACUUCGUGGCCGGCGUGCCCAAGGGGAACCUCACCUAUGGCUAUGUCACAAUCCUGAACGGCUCCGACGUCCGGUCCCUGUACAACUUCUCCGGGGAGCAGAUGGCGGCAUAUUUUGGCUAUGCCGUGGCUGCCACCGAUGUCAACAGUGACGGCCUGGACGACCUGCUGGUGGGGGCACCACUGUUCAUGGAGAAGACAGCGGACGGGAGGGUGCAGGAGGUCGGCCGGGUCUACCUGUACCUGCAGCAGGCACACGGCAUGGAGCCACGGCCCCACGCCGUGCUCACCGGGACCCAGGAGUUUGGGCGCUUCGGCAGUGCCAUCGCCCCCCUGGGGGACCUCGACCAGGAUGGCUACAACGAUGUGGGCGUGGGGGCGCCGUUCGGAGGCGAGGCCCAGCAGGGCGUAGUCUUCAUCCACAACGGGCAGCCAGGGGGGCUGCACCCGGAGCCCUCCCAGACACUGAAGGGCCUGUGGCCCCCUGGCCGCACCCCCGACUUUUUCGGCUUCUCCCUGCGCGGCACCAAGGACCUGGACAGCAAUGGAUACCCAGACCUCAUCGUGGGUGCCUUUGGCGUGGACACAGCUGUCGUAUACAGGAGCCGCCCCAUUGUCUACGCCAUCGCCUCCCUCAGCAUCUACCCCACCAUGUUCAACCCUGAGGAGCGAACCUGCACCCUGGAGGGCACCGACACCCACGUGGCCUGCAUCAACCUGAGCUUCUGCCUCAACGCCUCAGGGAAACACGUGCCUGACCUCAUCGGCUUCACGGUGGAGCUGCAGCUGGACCGGCUGAAGCAGAAAGGGGCGGUGAAGCGGGCGCUCUUCCUCCGCACCCGCCAGCCCGUCCUAGACGUGCCCCUGCAGGUGCCCAAUGGUGCUGUCGACACCUGUCGCGAGAUGAAGAUCUACCUGCGGAACGAGUCGGAGUUCAGGGACAAGCUGUCGCCCAUCCAUGUGGCGCUGACCUUCCGCCUGGACCCCCAUGCUGCCCCCGAUGCCCACGGGCUGCAGCCCAUCCUCCACUACCUGGCCCGUGACCACAUCGAGCAGAAGGCUCAGAUCCAGCUGGACUGUGGGGAGGAUAACAUUUGCGUGCCUGACCUGCAGCUGGAUGUCUUUGGGGAGCAGCGGGUCGUGUACCUGGGGGACAAGAACGCGCUGAACUUGACCUUCCACGCCCGCAACCGUGGCGAGGGCGGCGCCUACGAGGCCGAGCUGUGUGUCACACUGCCCCCCGAGGCUGAGUACUCGGGCAUCAUCCGCGACCAUGUGAACUUCACCAGCCUGAGCUGCGGAUACGAGUUGCAGAACGGGACCCGGCUGGUGGUGUGUGACCUGGGCAACCCCAUGAAGGCCGGUGCCAGUCUGUGGGGCGGACUGCGCUUCACCGUGCCCCACCUCCGCGACACCCGCUCUACCGUCCAGUUCGACUUCCAGAUCCGCAGCAAGAACCAGAACAACUCCCAGAGCGAACUGGUCGAGUUCUCACUACAGGUCCGUGCUGCUGCCCGCGUCUCCACCCACGGGGUGUCCAAGCCUGAGGCCGUGACCUUCUUCGCGGCUGGUGGGCAGCCAGGACGAGAGCCCCAGAGGGAGCAGGACGUGGGGCCUGAGGUGCAGCAUGUCUACGAGCUGGUGAACGAGGGGCCCAGCACCAUCAGCCAAGGCACCCUGGAGUUGAGCUGCCCCCUGAGCUACCAGGGGCGCCAGGUGCUGUACGUCACGCGCUACGUGGCGCCCGGCAACUGCACCUCCAGCCACCCCAUCAACUCCCUGCAGCUCCAGCUGGAGCAGAGCCCAGCACCUCCCAGCCUGGAGCAGCAUUUCCUGCAGCGCCGGGACACACGUGGCGGGGGGACUCCCGGUGCCCCCCACCCCCUGCGGUGCUCUGAGGCCGAGUGCUUCCAGCUCCAUUGCCAGGUGGGGGUGUUGCAGCGGCAGCAGCGCGUCACCCUGCGUCUGCAUUUCCGGCUCUGGGCCAACACCUUCCACCAGAAGGAAGGCCAGCCGACAGCGCUGCAGUGUGAGGCCGCCUACCAAGUGCUGCACAUGCCCUACCGCAUCUUGCCCCAGCACUACCCAAGUGCCGCGCUCAAGGUGUCGACAAUGUUGCAGUGGGCCAAGGCGGAGAGCAGCCCCAGCGUCCCGCUGUGGAUCAUCGUGCUGGCUGUCCUCUUCGGGCUGCUGCUGCUGGCACUGCUCAUCUAUGGGCUGUACAAGGUCGGGUUCUUCAAGCGCUCCCUGCCCUACGGCACGGCCAUGGAGAAGGCGCAGCUCAAGCCACAGGCGGCCUCGGAGGCCUAGCGAGGCCUGGGCCUCGCCUGUCGCCCCGGCCCGUCCAUCCAUCGAGCCGUCCUGUUGGCGCCACGGGAAAGGGGCACACACCUGCCGCCAGGCCCUGGGCCCGCCUGACGUGAGGGCUGUGACGGCACCACCUCCAGGCCGCCCCGCGCCGGGCCAACGGGUUGCCUGCCGAGCCAUACUUGAAGAGGCUGCACGGGGCGCGGACCGGGCUGGAGACGCAGCUCAGGAACCUGCACCUGGCAUCAGCCCCCGGACCCCCUCGGCGGGCAUGGGUGGCACCGGGCCAGGGACCCAUGGCAUGGACGUGUCUCCAAGUGCAAUAGACCCCCAGUCCACGUGGUGCUGCCUGGGGAGUCCCUGGGCCCUGCAUCCCCCUGCCCUUUCCCCCGUGGCGCUGGGCAUUGGGACUCCAUGCAGACAUGGCAGCUACUGCUUGGGUGCGUGCCCUGCUGCUGCUGCCAGGACACUAGACCCUGCCUGCCUGGGCUGUGGGCAAUGCCUGGGCAGGGGCAUGGGGCUGGCGCCACUCCUAAGAGGCCUAAAUUGCACUACAGCCCCCGUGGGCACCGGUGCUGGUUCUGCUUGGGGGGGGGGAAGGGGGGGCACUGCCUGGCAGGGGGGCUCCUGGGCAUGGUGCCAGCCUGGGGCAGCGCCCAGCACCCAUAGGGGCCUCUCACCCCCCCCCCCCUUGCUUUGUAUUUAAUUGCUGUGGGUUUGAGGAAGGGAGGGU